AUGUCGGCUGGCACUUACACACUUUUCGAUAUUCCUACCAAGGCGCCACAAGUGUGCUGGUCAAUGAACACGUGGAGGAACUACAAAACCGAAUGGGUCGAAUAUCCUAAUAUCGCCCCGCGACUCAAUCAGCAUGUCCCUCCCAAUGAAAACGGUGCUUCUUUUACGCUUCCUGCGAUACAACUGCCCGACGGCUCUUACUUUAUGGACUCCUACAAAAUCGCCGAUAUUAUUGAAGAGAAACAUCCAGAGCCAAGUGUACUUUUAAACACACCAGUGCAGCUCCGGUAUAGAAAAAUUCUCAUAGAGUUCAUGAAACAACUCACGCCAAUCUAUGUGCCAGGAGUAGCGCAGCGCCUGCUUGGCGAAGAGAGCCUUGAAUAUUUCCACACCACACGCCAGAAGGAUGUAGGCAUGCCACUCGACGAGUAUCAGAAGAAGCAUGGUCCCGGCGCAUUUGAAAGAGCAGAACCAUUUGCACGUAAGAUGACGGCGUUGUUGAAUGAAAGUUCAGGUCCGUACUUUUUAGGCGAUACUGUCAGCUACACUGACUUUAUGUGGGCGGCCAUCCUACUUUUCUGGAAGACACUCGGGGACGACACUUUUCAAGAAGUACUAAAGAUCACUGGAGAUGCUAAGAAGCAUACAGAUUUGUUGGAUGCAUUGAGUCCAUGGACAGAACGAAAUGAUUAG